AAGAUAGUAAAGUAAUAAAAAAAGAGUAGAAUAAGUAGAAUAAGUAAGAAAAAAACGUAGAUUUUUAUCAUAAAAAAGUUUUAUGAGAUAGAAAAGAUUAAUUUAUAAAUUUUAAUUCAUAAUAAUUUAAAUCAUCGUAAUCUUAUUUGUUUUCAACAUUUAGUAUUUAAUAAAAUUUUGUUUGAAAGUUGAGGUUAUCUUUUUUUUUAUUUUGAUAAGCAAUGAAUAUAUUUACAUUAUUUAGAACUACUUAUCAAACUGUAGGAUUUAUUGCUCCAAAAGUAUCAUCUGUGGAAUCAUUCACAAGAUAUAUAAAUAAUAAUAUACAUCAUACAUGUAAUAAACAAUAUUCAAAUCUUUCAAGCAUGAAUAAAAUUACAUCUAAAUUACUUCAGCCAUUACUACCAAUAUAUAAUUUCACAUGUGGUUUAAAAACAAAAACUAUAUUACACCGAAGAUGUAGACAUUGUUUAUUAAUGUGGAAGAAUGAUAGGAAAUACAUAAUGUGUAAAGCAAAACCAAGGCAUAAUCAAGUGGAAAGAGUUAAAAAGGAAAAAAACACAUGGAUAUUAACACAUGCUACACAAAGUAAAAUAAGAGAAUGGUAAA